UAGAUAUUAUGAGUCGGUGCUAUGGACAAUAGUAUCGUGUUGAAAGUAAAUGGCAGUAAGUUAGAUGAAAGGAAAUCUUGGCACAGCAUCUGUUAGUAAUCCAAAUUGAGCUCAAUUUAAAUUUAGUUCUCCUCCACUGCAAGUUGCUUAUAAAUCUCCAGAAGAUACACUAGCAAGUAGCACAUAUCACCAAAUGGCCACUCUAGUUUCUCAUGCGCCUUUUCUCCUAGUUCUCUUCCUUCUCGGUAGCUUCUAUGUCAUUCCCUCUCAAGCCCAAGUCCCUGCAAACCAAACAUUCAUAUUUGUCAACCAAGGCAAACUGGGAGACCGAAUAGUCGAAUUCGAAGCUAGCUACCGCGUGAUCCAAACUAAAGCUCACACCUUUUACACACACCCUUUCAGACUAUGCUUCUACAAUACCACCCCAGAUUCUUACAUAUUUGCCAUAAGAGCCGGUGUUCCCAAUGAUGAGGACCUCAUGAGGUGGGUCUGGGACGCAAACCGAAACCACCCGGUGCACGAGAAAGCUACCCUCUCUCUUGGACGGGAUGGGAACUUGAUCCUCGCCGAGGCAGACAGGACUGUUGCUUGGCAAACAAACACGGCCAACAAAGGUGUCACAGGAAUAAAGUUGCUUCCAGAUGGUAACUUGGUUCUUCAUGACAAGAAUGGAAGAUUCAUAUGGCAAAGCUUUGACUACCCCCAUGAUACUCUUCUAUUGGGGCAGUCGGUCCAAAACAUUACUGGUCAUAACAAGCUCAUUAGUCGUAAAUCUGACACAGAUGGCUCUGAUGGGCCAUACAGUCUUAUUCUUGAUCGAAGUGGUUUCACUAUGUACCUGAACAACUCCGGUCAGCUUCUUACAUAUGGUGGCUGGACAGACAGUAACUUUGGAAGCACUGUGACAUUUGACUAUCAAACUACGAAUGGCUUUGAUGACGUCAUGGCUUAUGAGCUUGUUCUCAAUGUGAACCAAGACAUUGAUGCUCCACCUCAGAACCGUCGGCGCCUCCUACAAACCCGUCCCAUUGGCAAUGCACAUCAAAUCAACCUCAACAAGCUCAACUACGACGCUAAGUACUCAUUCUUAAGACUUGGAUCAGAUGGCAGUCUCAAGGCCUAUACUUACUACAACAAAGUCAGCAACCAAAAAUGGGAUGAGAGUUUCUCAUUCUUUUCGAGUUAUUUCGUCAGGGAAUGCGCAUUGCCAUCAAAAUGUGGGUCUUAUGGGUACUGUAGCAAUGGCAUGUGUGUGGCAUGCCCAAGUCCAAAAGGGCUUCUGGGUUGGAGCAAGGCAUGCGCACCGCCGAAGUUGGCAGCAAGUAAGAGCGGAGCAAAGGUGGACUACUACAAGAUUGUGGCGGUUGAGCACUUUUUGAGUCCCUAUUUGGACGGUGGAGAUGGACCGAUGAAGGUUGAAGAGUGUAGGGCCAAGUGUGAUAAUGACUGUAAGUGUUUAGGUUUUUUUUACAGGGAAGCCAGCUCAAAGUGUCUGCUAGCACCAGUACUUGGGACUCUCAUAAAGGAGGUGAAUACAUCAGUGGGUUACAUCAAGUAUUGAAAGUAGAAAUGUUUCUGAGACUAUGCUUCUCAAGAAUGAAAGUUUAUGUAAUUGCUAGUCAUUUGAAUUUGCAGGACAGUGAAUCUGUGGUUGGUAAUUUCUCUUUAUCUCAUAAGUCAUCAUAAAAGCAGACUACUUGAAUAAUGAUUUUCACA